UUCCCCGGCACAAGGCCCCCCGGCACCGGGAGUGACCCCCCCGUUAUCCUCCCCAGGCGCUGGGACCGCUCCGAUCCCCCGGCAUCGCUCGUCCUUCUCCAUCACCGGGACCGACCGACCCUCCCCGGCUCUCCGGGCCCCCGCCUGCCGCAGCUUUUAAAUCCCACGAGUACGGGAGUGGUGGGAGCUGAGAGCUGGGCACGGUGGAGUGGAGCACAAGGAGCACCGAGCCCGGUGCUGGGGAGACACUGUCCCCUUGAGCUGGCAGGGACACGGAGCAGGGCAGGACCCUCCACGGAGCAGCCCAGGGGUGUUCUGUGCCGUCGGCGAUGCGAGCCAUGGCAGACCAGGCUGCGGUGGCAGCAGACGCUUCUCCAGCCCUGGCAGCGUCCCCGGGCUCACCUCGGCGUGGGGACACGGAGGGACCAUCGCCCCACGCCGGUGGCACCCGGGAGGACGGGGGUGGCCGGGAUGGCUGCGGGCUCCUUCCCGCGGCGGACGGGGACACGAAGCGUCCCCCCUCGCCCCAGCCUGGGGAGAUGCUCCUGGCCGACCUCCCCCGGGCCCCCCAGCCCCGGCUCAGCCCGGCCAAGUCGCGCACGGCUCCGUCUUCUCCCAGCGUGUCCCCAUCGGAGAGCAGAGCCGCGCUGCUCCGGCUGCGCGAUGCCAGGCUGGAGGACACGAGGAGGCGGCUGUCGGAGGCCGUGCAGGAGCCCCUGAGCCGCCUGAGCCGCCUCAUGGCCGAGGAGAGCAGCCCCACGGGCCGGGCCAAGGAGCCGGGGGGCAGCGGCGGGGCCGGGGCCCGCCGGGUGCGGGACUGGACGCCCUGGGAGCCCACCCUGAACUGCCGCUACGAGAUCUGCUCCUACGGGGACGUGAUCCAGGUGGUGGAGGUGGCGCAGAGAGACACCGAACCCCCGCUGCCACCUCCCGAGGAGGUUCCCCCGGCGAGAUCCGGGGGCUCCGUGCCGGGCAGAGCGCUCGCCUCCAUCGCCCUCCUCGCCUACGGGUACCUGGUGCUGCCGCUGCCGCCCUACGCCGCCGGGCUCUGCCUGGGGCUGCUCUGCGGGCUGCUCCUGGGCUUCCUCGCCAUCCUCCUCCUCGUGCCCAAGGCUCCCCCGGCCGCUCGGGGACCCUGGGGCCGCCUGCGCCCCAAGCUGCUCCCGGGGGAGCCGCGGGAACCGCCCCACCUCCAGGGCUGGAUGAACCAGCUGCACGUGUACGACCCCGAGAUUUUCCACCCAUCGCUCACGCAUUCGGUGCUCGCCGUGCUGGACGGGGCCACCCUCAAGCUGUCCUACCCCAAGAGCAACAUCCCGCGCCGAGCCACCUUCGAGGAGGAGAUCCUGGACGCCGUCUUCAUCAGCCACCGCUGCUACGACCUGACCGAUGCCAAGGUCUUCCUGUGCCCCCCCAGCCUGGCCCGAAAGAGGACGUGGAACAAGAAAUAUCCCAUCUGUGUGCUCCUCCCCGAGCCGGCCGAGGGAGAGGGCAGGAGCAGGGAGGAGCACGACGCGGAGCUGCAGGGGGAUGAGGGGACCGGGAAGGUGCCGGUGUCCGGGCAGGACAUCCCAGGGGACUGCAGGGACAGGUGCCUGUACCUGUUUGGGAGGACGGGGCGGGAGAAGGAGGAGUGGUACCAGCACCUCGUGCAAGCCUCCCGUGGGACAGCCAGCAGCCACGGUGACACCAGGGCAGGCAUGGGAUCGGCUCCGCAGAGCAGCAGCAGCAGCAGCAGCGCCGAGGACAUCCCAUCCACGGAUCCAGCCACGGACGUGUCGGGAAGCGCUGAGGAGAUUUACCUGGAUUACAGCACCUACAUGGCCCGAUUCGUGCCAGCACAGGCGGCUGCCAGCCCGGACAGGAGCCCCUCUCACGGAGCUCUGGGCAGCCCCACACCCACAAAGCUCGGCGAGGACACGGCGAGCAUGGCCUGGAUGAACGCGCUGGUGGGACGCAUCUUCUGGGACUUCCUCCGGGAGCAGUACUGGGCAGAGCAGGUGUCCAACAAGAUCCAGAAGAAGCUGAGCAAGAUCAAGCUCCCGUAUUUCAUGAACGAGCUGACCCUGACAGAGCUGGACAUGGGCACAUCCAUCCCCUCAGUGCUCAGUGCCUCCAACCCCACCAUCAACGAGCGAGGGCUCUGGGUGGACAUGGAGGUCACCUACAGCGGCUCCUUGCAGAUGACACUGGAGACAAAGAUGAACCUCAGCAAGCUGGGGAAGGAGAGCUCUGCAGAGGAGAGCGGCCCUGCGGAGGCAGGCAGAGAGGGGGCCAGGCCACGGCUGAUCCUGCUGGCAGACAGCGAUGCCGAAUCGUCCAGCGCCGGCUCCUCUGAUGAGGAGGAUGUGAGCACUGCAGAGCCCGUGGGAGCCCCAGGGGAGCGGCUCCCCCCGCCUGGCACCGAGGGCCACGUCAGCGGCAACAGCACGAGCCGGAGGAUCCUGCGCUUCGUGGAUAAGAUUGCCAAGUCCAAGUACUUCCAGAGGGCCACGGAGAACGAGUUCAUCAAGAAGAAGAUGGAGGAGGUUUCCAACACGCCGCUGCUGCUGACGGUGGAGGUGCAGGAGCUGGCAGGAACCCUGGCCGUGAACAUCCCCCCGCCACCGACCGACCGUGUCUGGUACAGCUUCCGAGUGCCCCCACAGCUGGAGCUGAAGGUGCGCCCCAAGCUGGGUGAGCGGGAGGUGACAUUCCUGCACGUCACCGAGUGGAUCGAGAAGAAGCUGAAGCACGAAUUUCAGAAAAUUUUGGUGAUGCCAAACAUGGACGAUCUCAUCAUUCCCAUCAUGCGCUCUGGGCUGGAUCCUUGGCCACCCAGCACGGGACUGCCCCAGGACCCGCCAGCCGUGGGGGACAGGAGGCUCUGAAGCACCACCCCAGGGGCAGGGACACUGCCCAGAGCUCAGGGACCUCGCUGGGACACGGGGACAGCCGGGGCCUGGCCACUGACUGCACCCAGGGCUGUGCCUGGAUUCAUCCCCAUCUCUGCUUCUGCAGAUGAGCCUCCUCAGAUCCUGCAAGCACACGUUCAGGGCACAGCCAGGCUGCUGGAGAGCCAGGAAUUCCAUGGCCACGUUCCCAGGACUCCUGGUCAAGCAGGCAGCUCUGGACAGUGGAGGGAUGGGCUUCCCACUGUCUGGUUCCCAAAGAGGGUGCAGGACACCUGGAUCACGGCACCAAAGGAGUUGGGAUCACCACUGAUCCAAAUUUCCCAGCUCUGGGGCAUCCCCCCCGCUCCCCACAGGCAGCUGGGCUGCAAGGAAAGCACAGGUGGGAAAAGAUCCCAAGUGAAUAAAUCCAUCGCUGCCCAGCCCUGCCUAGCAGCCCUCUUGUUCUACACAAAUCCCCACCUCUGGCAGGAUCAGGGGGCUCUGAGCAGGGAGAAGCACCUCCAGCUUGGCAAAAUCAGUGCUGGAGGUGUGUGGGAGAGGCACUGAGAGGACAGUGAGGGAGCCUGGGCAGAAGCAGGGCGUGGGGAGGCCCUGUACUCCCAGUGGAAACUGGUGCAGAAGCGCUGGUACGUGCUCUGCUCUCUGCUGGAUGGGAGGAAGGGGAGUCUUCGUGGUGAUUUGGGUGAGUGGGGAAAAUUCACUGGGCAAAGGAAAUGGAGGGUCC